AUAUGACAUGCGCCCUCUUGCACCUCCACUGAAACUAGGAGGAUCCCGUGAUGUGUUGGCCGGAGACGAGCAGAAAGCCUCAGGAGAUGGCGGAAGUGGUCUCAUGGACGUCGAGACAAUGGGCAGCUGGGCGGACUCAGGGCGACAGAAGGGAAACCGUGUUGCAACAACUUCGUCUGUUAAGGUAGCGGCUUCAUCAGAAGAGAGCAAUGCUGGUGUUGAAAGCCCGGAGUCCGGAUUGCAUGCUGCGAACAAUAAGAAGAAGCCUAGUGCUAACGAAAAGCCCAUGAAGAAAAAAUUGCAAGGGAAGGAAAAGGCCGUCGAUGAGCGUCCAAAGGGGACAUCUUCUUCCAGUUCCCACAAAACCGCUGGAGCUGCAGAUCAAGCAGCUGCAUCAAAAGACGAAGGAGAAGCUACUCAGAAUGCCACCAAUGUGGAUUCAAAUGAGAAGAAAGAGGCUGCUCAAGGUUUCGGGAAUCUGUCUUUCGCUGAGCAGAUGGAGCGCGUAAUGGCUGGUGGUUUGCAGCCAAUGAAACGUGUGAAGCCGCCGAAAGUCAAACGAAAGCUAGAAGGAGAUAACAAGAAAGGUCACGCGGAGGAACCGCAAAAAAAUGCGGCGGUAAAGGAGUUGGAGGAAGCUGCGGCAAAGAAGGGACGCGAACAGCGCGUGUUAGCUGCACAGGACGACGCGAAGCAGCAGUUGCACAUCGUUCCUGCUGGAAAGAAUGCGUCUUUCUUCGCUGACCAAGGGUUCGAUGUGGUGCCGGGACUAGAUGAACGUCUUAUAAAACAGCUGAACUUUUUGAACUUCUCGAAAAUGACGGCAAUUCAAGCGGAAGCAGUUCCCCAUUGUCUCAGCGCUCCAGACAACGACGUUCUUCUGAAGGCACCAACAGGUUCGGGAAAAACGCUUGCGUUUCUCAUUCCGUUGCUUAGCCGCGUACUCAAGUGCGUUGGUGUGAACAAGAAAGCGACCGCAGGCCCUUCGGCACCGUCUGGAGGGGCGCUGCUCACUCGGGAGGAAGGUGUCAUGGCCGUUGUGCUUUCGCCGACAAAAGAGUUGGCACUUCAAUCCCUUGCUGUGUGCGAAAAGCUGACGCGGAUGUUACCGUGGCUAGUGUGCGGCGCUUUGGCCGGCGGCGAAAACCCGAAGAGCGAGAAGGCGCGUAUCCGUAAAGGCAUUCACCUUUUGUUCGCCACUCCUGGACGCUUGAACUACCAUCUCGAGUUCACUAGCGCCUGGAACGCGUCACCGCGUUUUCAGUCCUUCGUUCUCGACGAGGCGGACCGAUUGUUGGACAUGGGUUUUGAGAAGCAGAUCAAGAGUAUCUAUCGCGCGCUCGAAAGCUCGCAGCGGCGCACAAUGCUCGUUUCAGCGACACUCACACCGGGAGUGCAGCGAUUGGCCGAGUGGUGCCUCGACAAAGAAAAGCGUCUCAUUUUGGGCUUCGGUGGUAACAAAAGCGGGCCCGUUAACGGUGAGUCGGUGUCUGCGCGCAUGGAGGCUUUGGCAGAUGAAGCAGGUACAACAGAGGUAAUUUCCUGGUCACUGCCAGCAAAUCUAGUGCAGCGUGCGGUAAUCACUCCUACAAAGACGCGUCUGCCCUGUCUUGUUUCACUGUUGAAGAAGUAUGCCGGUAAAGUGAUUGUCUUUUUUUCGAGUUGCGCCAGUGUGGAUUUUCACUACGAUUUGUUCGUGAGUCUCAGAUGGCCGGAAAGCCAGCGGAAGAACGACGCACAAGAGACCAAGACCUAUAAGGGGGGCUUUGUUGGACUGAAGCGUGACGCCGAUGAUGAUAGCGAAGAGGACAACAGCGACAUUGACGUAAAUGACAGCGGCGCGGAUGACGGCGCAAAGACCAACGGAGGUAAAAAGAGAAUCAAACACAAGCGGAAGAUGCGACGCAUUGCAGCACAGGGACCUAAAGUCGGCGUCAGCGGUUUCAUCGGUCGAGCAGAAGAGGUUGCUGCCGACGCCAAGACAGCACAACCGUCUUCCAAGGAAGACGCCGACGGUGGAAAAGCUGAAGACACGUCGCACGCAGCCGAGAAAAAAUCGGGUUGGAAGACAGGGGCAAAGGCAUCAAUUGCCGGUCCAGCAAAUAAGCAGCCCUUUGUGUUUGAAGAUGUAGGAUUAUUCAAACUUCAUGGGAAUCUAACAGCCGAUGAGCGUGCGGGUUUUCUUCGUGAUUUCGCGGCCAAGGAUCGCGGCAUUCUCUUAGCCAGUGACGUUGUCGCCCGUGGAAUCGAUUUGCCGAAAAUCGAAGUUAUUAUUCAGUACGACCCGCCGCAACACUUGGAGGAGUAUCUGCACCGCAUCGGUCGUACGGCCCGCUGUGGUCAAUCUGGAAACUCUAUCUUGUUCUUGCAACCGAACGAAUCCGUGUAUUUGGAUAUGUUGCAGAAGAAAAUCGAUCCAAACUUCGAUCCAGAAAACAAGAAUGCAACAUCCAGCACUUUCUUUGAGAAGUGGUCUCCUGCCUCAAAAAACGGUAAUUCAGCCGGUUCUUCUAGUUGUAGUGUGGUUCAGCAACUUUCUUGCGAGCGAGUAAAGUGGGAGUUGCGGCAGUUUGCACCCGCUCACUUUCAGGGCAUCCGAGACUUGGCCGAAUACUUGCAGAGUCAGAUGAUUGAACAGCACGUUGCGAAAUCAAAGCAACUCGCGCAUUUGGCCAGACGUGCGUUCUUAUCCUGGACCAAGGCCUACUCGACGUUCCCACGAAGUCUUAAACCGAUUUUCAACGUGAAAGCGUUGCAUCCAGGUCAUGUGGCCUCUAGUUUCGGUCUAUCAGAGACUCCGAAAGAAAUUUCAUCCGUCUAUAAGCGUGACUCCAGCCAUCACGAAACAGGAGCGACUGCUAGCAACUACAAUAGGCAUGGUAAUAAGGCAGCAAAUAAGGGCUGGCAACGAGGUGCUGAUAUGAAGGCGUCAAAGCAAGGACAAGAGCGACACAACGAUGGAGCGGCAGCGAAUCGUGACUGGGGGAAGCCAAGUCUUGCACAAAGACUAGCGACCGAGAAAAAGGCAAGGUCUGGCGACAAGUUACGCGAGGAACGAAGUCGACAACUCUUUGUCAAAAAGGAAAAACCAAAACGCGAAGCCAGAAGAGGUCCUGCAGGUGGAGGCCUUGACACUUUCUGCUAGACUCUUCACUGACACACCAUGUUGCAAUGAUGCAUGAUCAGUAGAAGUUGUACCUUAUCUUCUCGUAUCUUCUCCAAAUCUAGCAGAACCAUGAUGCCCAAACUCACAUGACGAAACUUUUUUAACUUGGCUUUUUCAACAAAAAACAGAUGAAGAAUGCAUAUAAUCGAUAAUAACU